AUGGGUCUCCUUGACGGCUUGCUGGCAUCCUGCGGCCUGAGACGCGAGAGAAGGAGGAGGUUUCGAGUCCCGAUCCCGGCUGGUUAUCCCCAGGCAUUGGACUCGCAAGCGACGACGAGCCCGAACACCGCGGCAAGCGAUCCGAUUGACUCCGAUGCGGAUGCCAACGUCGGUUUGGACGGCGAGUAUGUCGCCAGCCCAGCUGGAAGCCCGGCUGGAAGUCGUCCUGGCACUCCGCGCCCACCCAACUUUGGGAAAGGCAGAGCGCGGCGCGGAAGAUUUUUCGUUCCGCCCACCUCCCCCAGCUCGGCCUCGUCCGAGUCUGAGGAAAGUGCUUCCGACGAGGAGUGGGAGGACCCAGUGCUGCACACAUCUGAUCAGCCCCAUGGAGACAUACGCUUCACGGCAGGGUGGACUUUCAUCCGCGGUGCUGGUCCCUCCUUCCCUCCUCCUCGUCGCCAUUGCCAACGCGAAACCCAACGCGAAACCCACCGCGCUGGUGAAUCAUCUUCUUCCGCUGGUUCUUCCCACAAUAGAAACCAAAACCAAAACCGUCACUCUCACCGUCACCCUCACCGUCACCCUCACAUCAACACCACCACCAACCGUGACCGCAACAGCAAUUCGCCUUCUAGCAUCCCUGAUACUGCUCCCGACGGUUACAUCCAUUUUGAACCAGACAUGCCUCGCGUUCGCUUCCAAUACCCCGAGUAUCCCCCUCGCACACCCGAGAUCACUCUCGCGGCUCUGCCUAACCUUUACCUCCGACGUGACGAGGCCAGUGCCGAGGCCUACGCUGGAGCUCGUCCUUUCCACCUCGCUCCCAAUGGCCAGGGUGUCUACCCGGGCGGUGUUUACACCCAGAUGCACCAGCCUGGUCUGGGCCAGCCCUUCCUCCGAGGUGUCCCUGUCCAAGCGGCUCAGGGCGUCAAUGCAAGUUCUUCUCCAUCUCUUUACUCCCCCCCCUUGUUACGUUCUUUGCUCAAGGUUACUUUGCACCCCGGUGCUCAGGGCGGCUUGGCGCCUUCUUUUACCGUCCCUGUCACGAUCCCGGUGCAGGUCGGAGCUGGUCCCUCGGCCGCUCCUCAGCCUGAUAUCCUCCCCAGCGGCCUCUAUGCCCACCACCAUUUGGUCCCUGGUGGCGGCGGCGUAGUCCCCCCCUUCACCCCUUACCAGGGAGGAUGCAGCACGGGUGGUAUUCCCCCUUAUGUCAACGGCCCGUUCGGUGUUGGCAUGCCUGGUGGCCCCGGCUAUGGCUGCGGCAACUAUGGCACCAUGCGACAUGGCCAUUUCGAGGCGGAGGACUUCCAGCCCUCCGAUGAGGAUCCUAACCGCAUGUACUACUGCCGCGAGCUUGAUGGUAGCUGGACUCUUCGUUCCCGCUUCGCCAUCAACAAGUCGCGCAAGGACAUCCGCUGGUACAUCACCCCCGAGGGAAUGUUCUACGCCAUCCGCAUCCGAAACUAG